UACAUGGGAAGUCAACUGAUCCACUUCUUAAUGCUGAUAAAUUAAACAUGUAAUUUUAAGUUUAGGGUUCAAAGCAAACAAUAAUAAAGGAAAUAAGAAUGGGUGGCCUCUGGAGAAUGGGAUUCGGGGAGACUGUUUCCUUGCAUCUACUUCUCUAUCAGUUGGGAAAAAAUUAUACACAUGAAUGCAUAAUACUGUGAGAAUUAAAAUUAACAAGCAAAAAAGUGGGUUUAGGCCACAGUGAACUUUUGCUCUAUGAUAAACUUUAUUCUUCAGUUUUAAAGUGUCACAGUGCAAACUCACAUUGCUUGACGUCGCUCUCCAGGCUCACAGUUGUCCACUCAGGCGCCACAACAGCGAGCACUUACCGAGAAGAUGACCACACAGGGGUAGGAUGGGAGUGGCUGACGCAUGAGUGGAAGUGGGGCAAAUGAUGAGAAACGUCUUGGUAAGGAGUCAUAUCUCAAGCAGCUCUGGGCUCCUACUGGCCCACAGUUCCUGCACAGGAAAUUACAAGAUCUGUCCAGGAUCUUGAUAAGCCUUGCUUGGUCACCAGCUCUCACACCAUCUCCUGCACACUUCUCCCGGCUCAGAGGACAGAGAAGCGUCUUCUGGCAUCACUCAAUCCCAGAAAGACUCUCCCCUUCAGCACAAGUCAGCUCUCCUAUGAUGAGAAUGGAAGAAAGGGUCACCACUGCAGGGUUUCUGAGAAAAAAUAUGACUGUCACAACCUGGGGAACUGAACCCACACCAACGAAUAGAAGUGACCAGGCCCCUUCUAUGUGUGGAGAGGCGAUCCUGACCCUAGAUGGGCUGAUCUUCACCAUUGCCCUCGUCGGGCUGGCAGGAAACGCCGCCGUGCUCUGGCUCCUGGGCUUCCACAUGAGGAGGAACGCCUUCUCCGUCUACAUCCUCAACCUCGCGGGAGCCGACUUCCUCUUCCUCUGCUGCCAGAUUAUGUAUUCCCUGUGGUCAUUCAUCAAGCACUCCUGUAGUACCCCCAUAUCCAUCACUGCGUCGAUCUUUGCCUACAUCGCAGGCCUGAGUUUCCUCAGUGCCAUUAGCACAGAGCGCUGCCUGUCCAUCCUGUGGCCCAUCUGGUACCGCUUCCACCGCCCCAGACACAUGUCAGCUGUCACGUGUGCACUGCUCUGGGCCCUGUCCCUGCUGCUGAGCAUCCUGGAAGGGAGCUACUGUGGCUUCCUGAUGACGACUCGUAAUGACACUUGGUGUCAGGCAUUUGAUUUCAUCAUUGUCGCCUGGCUGAUUUUCUCAUGUGUGCUUCUCUCCGGGUCCAGCCUGGUUCUGCUGACCAGACUGCUGUGUGGCUCCCAGCGGGUGCAGCCCACCAGGCUCUACGUGGCCAUCCUGCUCGCCGUGCUGGUCUUCUUCCUCUGCGGCCUGCCUUUUGGCUAUAAGUGGUUUCUGUGUUACUGGAUUCAGGAACUUUGCAGUAAAACAUUUUCACACUUUCUGACACUGACUGGGUUUGUCCUGUCUAGUCUCAGCAGCAGUGCCAACCCCAUCAUUUACUUUUUUGUUGGCUCCUUUAGGCAGCAGCGGCAGCUGUGGCAGCCCCUCAGGGUGGUUCUCCAGAAGGCUUUGGAGGACGGAACUGAGGUGGAGAAAGUGGAGGAAGCCUUCCCCAGGAAACCAGGGGGACUUCAGGGAGCAGUUUCACGUAGUGAUUCUCCAUCAAGCAGGGUUCAGUCCGAGAAGCAGUAG